AUGCCAAAAACAAAACCAGGUUAUUAUGCUGUUCAUAAAGGUAGAAAACCAGGAAUCUAUUUAACUUGGGACGAAUGUGAAGCGCAAGUUAAAGGAUUUCGUGGUGCUAAAUUUCAAAGGUUUUUUCUUAAAACUGAUGCUGAAAAUUUUAUUGAUGAUAAAAAAGAAACUGUAGUUUUAGAUAAAAACAAGAUUCAGAUCUGGACUGAUAGUUGUUGUUUAGGUAACGGAACUAAAGAAGCUAAAGCUGGGAUUGGUGUAUUUUAUGGAGAUAAAGAUCUGAGAAAUUUGUCUGAACGACUUCCUGGUGAACAACAAACAAACAAUCGUGCUAAAAUUUAUGCGGUUAUUAGAGCGAUCAAAAGUUGUGAAAACAAAACAAAAUCAUUAGAAAUUUUCACUGACAGUUUACAUGUAGUUAAUAUUAUCGGAGAAUGGAUCGAAAAAUAG